AUGGCUAGUGCUAUUCUCUUGAUAUCCCUGCUAUUCUCUUCUGCGGUCUACGCAUGGCCAGGCACAGUGAACAAGACUGGUAGCAUUUGCACGGUCGUCCCUUCUGUCGACGGAUCCGACGAUGCGCCCGGUAUUAUUUCUGCCUUUGAGCAGUGCGGCCAGGAUGGCAGCGUCGUGUUCAUGAACGAGACAUACAAUGUCCAGAGUGUCAUGCAGACGACCGGGCUGAACAACGUCUCCAUUCACUUAUAUGGCACGCUGCUGUGGAGUACCGAUACUGGGUACUGGGUCAAUAACGGUCUGCCGCUGGGCCAUCUGAAUAUGACCACCGCCUGGAUACUUGGCGGAAAUGAUAUAACUUUCAUGGGCCAUGGGUACGGGACGUUCGACGGGCAAGGGCAAUUUGGUGGGUACGACCUGGCAGCCAACACUUCUAAUAUGCCCGGCCGCCCCAUAUCCUUGACGGUCGCGAACACGACGAACUCGGCGUUCUCUGGGCUGAGAUUCGUGCAGAGUCAAUUCUGGACCACGGCCAUUACGCACAGCGAGAACCUUCUUUGGGAAGAUAUUUACAUCAAUAGCACAAGCAACAGUACUUGGGGUACGCAAAAUACCGACGGGACCGACACAUUCUGGUGCAAUAAUAUCACAUUUUCACGUUGGUCUGUCACGAACGGAGAUGAUGCCAUUGCGCCGAAGACAAAUUCCUCCAACCUUCUCAUCCAGGAUUCCGUCUUUUACGGGGGUAACGGCGUUGCGAUCGGGUCGAUUGGGCAAUAUCUCGAUACAUUUGAGUUCAUCGAGAACGUCACGGCCGAGCGAAUUAUAUGUUACAGCUGCGAAUAUGUGGGCUAUGUCAAGACAUGGACGGGUGUUCAGCAAGGGUAUCCUCCGAAUGGUGGGGGCGGUGGUAUAGGGUAUGUGAAGAAUAUCGUAUUCCGCGAUUUUGUCGCUAUCAAUACUUGGGUCGCCAUCGCGCACAUCACCCAAUGCACGUCUUACGUCGGUGCCACCGGGGGUUGCGAUACUUGCAAGUUCCAGAUCUCAAACGUCACUUGGGGCCCUGGCGUCGGCAACACCGUCACGUCCUACCUCGCCGAGUUACAAUGCAGCGCAGCGGCACCGUGCCCCGACAUCAAUUUAGUCGACAGCUUUGGGCUGAUAGGGACGAAUGGGACGGAGAGGCAGAUUACCUGUAGCAAUAUUGUGGACCCUACAUUUUCUUGCACGGGCUCAGCGGGCAGUGAUCAGUACUAG